AUGGCAGCCCCCAGGCAGAGUGUGCUUUUCCCUCCCCAUCCGCACCACAUCCCUGGCUAUGAGGGCUUCCUCCCUCAGUACAACUACCAGUUUGGAGAGACCUAUGGCAAAACCACGUACCGCCUGCUGACAGACCCACACAUCCGGAGGAGCCCUCGCUCCGUGCUGGCGCCGCUGUGCAAGCCGAGGUUCAUUGAGGACUUCAGUGGGACGCAGCACGGCCUGCAGCCCUUCCUCCCCGAGCACCCAGGGUACUUCCCUUAUGACAGAGCCAGAGCUCUGACCAACUUCCCAGAAGCAGAUUUUGGGCCGAAGCCACCCGCACCAGGGCCGGCAGAGGAGGAGCUGACGCACGCGGAGGCCCAGCAUGGCCAUGGCGGCUCUGGGCUGAGUGGGUGCCCACCGAGUGUGGCCUGGGAUCCCUCGGGGCCACCGCAGGGCCAGGAGUGGCGGCUGCCCCCAAUCCGUGCAGCCUGUGGGCAGGGCAGGCUGUGUGGAGCUGCAGGAACCGGGCAGCCCGUGAGAGCCGAAGGUGUGACGCUGCCAGCAGCCGUGGAUUGGCGGCUCCCCAGGCUGGAUGUGCCCAGAGUGAUCCAGCAGAAGGUCAUCCCAGGGUACGCUGGAUUCAUACCACGAUUCACGUGGGCCCUGGGCACAAAUUACCUGCAGGGUGUGAAGGAAGCCAUGGCUGAAUUUGACAGACAGCAGCUUCUGGAGAGGAACCCAAUUCACAGCUUUGGCAAGAGAUUUCCCCAGACAUACUGGCCUGGCAGCAACAUCUACACCAGCGCUGGACUGAUACCAGCCUACACAGGCUUUGUCCCACACCUCCGCGACACCUACGCUCUUACUUUUACAAACAGCACCCGCAAGGCUUACGAGAUGGAACAAAGGAGACGAGCCUGUGCACUGUGA